AUGAGAGAGGCGGCCAAGCAGGGCAACGUGGCAGCGCUCGUGGCCGAGCAAGAGGCUGGGGCCCACUUGGAUGGUGCCGUGGACCAGGAAAGGAGGAGGCCGGCGCACUAUGCCGCAGCCUAUGGCCAGGUGGCGGUGCUGCAGUUCCUCCGCGAGGUGGGUGUGAACCUCACGGCGGGAGACGAGGACGGUUGGACCCCGGCCCACUCCGCGGCCUCGAACGGGGAGGUGGCUGUGCUGGAGCUACUCCACCAGGCCAAAGCCGACUUGGAGGCACCGGACAAACUCGGAGACACGCCGGCUCACAGUGCUGCGAUUCACGGGCACGUUGGUGCGCUGAAGUUCCUGAUCCAGGCCGGCGUAAACCUGAAUCGCGCGAACAAGUUUGGAGAGACUCCGGCAGACAAGGCUGCCAUCGGACUUUGGGAUGAAGCACUAGAGCUCCUUCUCAAGGCUGGGGGCCGCCGAAACGACGAGGAGGCGCCAGAAGAGCCCAGAGAGCCCAAUACCCCUUAA